CGCUCUCACGCUCCUCCUUUCUGGGCCUGCGUUUUUUAAACUAGCCGUUUUCCCCUGCUGUUUGUCGCUCUUCUUCACCUUCUUCCUUUUUGUAUAUUAUUUUUUUUAAAGGAUUUUGCUUCUUUUCUCGUUGUUACAAGUUCCUUCCUGUUCGAGAGGAGCCACGGAGUUUUUUACAUCUCGUUAAGUCAGGAGAAUCAGGUCUGUAGGUCAAAUGAAUCACUCCGUCGCCGCCGCCGCCGCCGCCGCUGAUAGAUGUGAGAGGGUGGUCUGCCCUAAACCGCGGCGGCUCGGCCUGCCCUUAAGAUGGCACAGCAGCAAUCAACAAGAGGCGUUCGAUUCCAAAGCUGGAAAUGAACUUCUGGACAUCAUCGUCCUGGCAAAGGGCGAAUUUGGAUCUGAAUCCGAACCCGAUCACGUGGCAACAUCGCCCCCAUUUUUUUGCGGGUCGCCACCCGGCCGGGCAUCUAAUCCAUUAAUUCAAGAUUCCCGGUUCAUGGAAGGGAUUCAGACACCAAUCUCGAACCCGAGCCCUUCACCCCGUAAGGGCGGGUGCAACCCGACGGUGAGGGUCGAGGGGUUCGACUGUCUGGACAGGGACCGCGGCCGCGGCUGCAGCAUCCCUGCCCUGGCUUGAUUGAUUCAAACAUCAUCAUUAAUUGGUGAUCAAGAAGAGGGAAUUAAUUUUGAACAUAUUUUGUCCUUAGUGUACAUAUCCAAACAUGUCUGUAAUUAGAGCAAUGGUGUGUGUGUGUACGAUGAUGUUAGUAAUGGAUGAUUUAAGGAAGAAGUACAUUUAGUGAUUUGGAGGUAUGUCUCUGCUUUGUUAAUGGUGUAAGUGCAGAGAUGAGAUGAGAAAUGGGAUGGGUGGGUAGUGUUCACUGUUUUUAUUUUUUUUUAAUUUAAUUUUUUGAGGGUUGUAAGAGAAGUGUGCUUUUCUUUUUUAAUUGUGGGCAUUAAGUGGUGUUCUUGUAGCCCCAAAUCCUCUGUAAAUAUCAAUAGAUCAAAGGUUGUAAUGUGUUAUAAAGUCGUGUUUUUUUGUC